AUGGAAAAAUCGAACACUACCCAAGCAGAGGCGGCGCAGCACAUUUAUAGUGUUCGAGCGUCCAUGUACGACAACUCAUUUCACCCUAGUUUUGCAGAGCACAUUGUCAACUCACUUGAGCUCAAGCCUGGAGAGAGAAUCUUGGAUUUGGCUUGCGGCACCGGCCUUGUUACUCUUCUAGCAGCCGAUGCUGUCGGUUCAACAGGUUCCGUUGUUGGGGUGGACAUAACACAAGAAAUGCUAAACGAGCUACAUACCAAGAUUACUGAAGCUCCGAGAGACCGCUAUAAGCACGUCACUAUAUACAACUACGACAUUACUAAACUCCAUGAGAUGACCAAUUUGAUGCGAGGAACUUUUGAUGCUAUCUCAUGUACUGCAGCAUUGUCCUUGCUCCGAGAACCUGAUGUUGCACUCCAGAACUGGAUAGAGUAUCUCAAACCCGGUGGGAGAAUAAUUGUGGAUGUUAUGGACGUUGAUGCUUUGCCCGAGGAGAUUGCAAUGGAGCGAAUAUACCAUCGCUUGGGCAUUGAGUCGCCAUUCCACAGACUCUGGUUGGAAGAUAGCAUAUCUCUUCGCAAGAUCUUACAACAGUCUGGCUUGGAUGUAAAACGUACGUGGAUUAUGGAGCCUAGGAAGCUGGGAGUCUCGUACCUCAGCAUAGACAGCUGGGAGAAGAAGUUUAAUGCUAUCAUUCAUACGCCGCCACACCAGGCACUGGCGGAUAAAGGGCUAGUGCAGCAGGCAAAGGUUUUAUUUGAAGAGGAGUGGACAAAACUUGCAACUCAUAAUGGAAAAGUGAAGGAUUUUGACGGUGUCUGGAUUGGUCUUGCGCACAAACCAGUUCACACGGCACCCGUUGGAAGAGGGAGCUGUGCAUGUGGCGCCAUCCACUGGACUGCAUAUGCUAGAGGAACAGGAGGAACAAACUGCUACUGUGCAACUUGUCGCAAGAUAUCUGGUUCCCCGUACAUAACAUUUGUUCACGUUCCCCUCUCGCGCCUGAUAUUUGAUCCUCCCCACGGAAAACCGUAUAUGCAGACGUACUGUGCAUCUCCGCACGCUGAAAGAGGAUUCUGCUCUCAGUGUGCGAGUACUCUAACUAUGUGGUACAAAGAAGACCCGGACAUCAUCGCAAUCGCGGUGGGGAGUCUGGAUGAAGAUCAGAGUGAUGCCACGUUUUUCAGCCGGCCGAUCCAGAACAUAUAUUUGAAAGAUUUACCAAAGUGGUACAAACUUCCUGACGAUGGGCUUUUUGGGCAUCAAACUAUGAGAUCCGCAGGGAAAUUAUUAGGCAAAGAGUGACA